CUCCUGGGGGCGGGUCUGUCGGUUAUUUAAGAUUCAAGGACCCGGUAAUCGUUCACUUGGUUCAGGAACAUGUUAACACUAAGAGGACUUGUACUCUUAUGCAUUUUAUUUGCUGCGUCUGUGUCUGCUUUAGACUUGGACAAAUUGUCUAAAACAUUGAAAGUCCGAUAUGAUGUUGUCAGGAAUGGAAUACUUAUGUAUGGAACAGUUUCAUACUAUGCUAACAUUACACUAGAAAAUGCCGGUACAGAAUCCAUACCACGUGAUGGCUGGGCUCUUUUCUUCUGCCACGAUACUCUAAUCCAGCCGGUUUACUUUAAUGCUUCAACAAACCAGUACACAGGUGGUGGACUCAUUCUGUCUGGAAACGUUACUCUCAGUCAUAUCAAAGGUUGCAUGUUCAAGUUUGAACCAUAUAACGGAGAAAACUUCUUGUACCACUUUUUACCCCUUCAACCAGGAGAGCGAAGAAAUAUUUCCUUUUUAGCAUCCAAUUGGGCAGUAAGCAAGUUCGACAUGUUCCCAAACUUCUACCUUGCAAAUGAAACACACACAGCUAUAUUACAAAACACCAAAGACAACGAUUUGUCAUACGUGUCUCCACUUGAUGACUUUCCAAAGUUCAUGAGAAACAUUCCCAAUGAUGCUGAAGGCGUUCCGCUGACGCCAUGGGAGAGAUAUAACGGUUACAAUUUCUCCAGCAAAGAAGAAGUCAAACAUAAAGUUUUACCAACACCAUUGCUGACAGAAACGAAGCCAGGAAGCAUUACCAUUGAUAACACAUGGACAAUUGACACGAACGGACGACCUAUUCUACAAGGGAUGGCUGAUUAUAUUAGUAGCAAGAAAUCCCCACUGACAAACAUGACGGUCGUCAAUAAGGAGGAUAACUCUCCAAAUGUCAUCCAGUUAUCACUCAAUCCUGGACAAAAGCAAGGCCCAGAAGGUUAUGCUCUACAAAUCACAGUAAAACCAGACAGAGUACUCAUCGUUGGUGGAACAUUAGGUGGACUUCAGAACGGAAUCCAAACUUUCCUGAGUUUAAUGGCUACCGGAAGUACAUUACCCGUCAUGAGAGUUGUCGAUAGACCUCGAUUUGAAUACAGAGGAAUACAAUUGGACGUUGCCAGAAAUUUCUUUAACAAGUCGACUGUGUUGAAACUUUUGGAAAUAAUGGCGAUGUACAAGCUUAAUAAAUUACAGUUAAAUAUGGCUGACGAAGAAGGAUGGCGUAUAGAAGUUCCGGGUAUUCCCGAACUAACUGAUAUUGGUGGUAGACGAUGCCACGACAUUAAUGAAACAAAAUGUUUGUUUUCCCAACUCGGUUCAGAUCCUAGCGGGAACGGAACAGGAUCAGGAUACUACACUCAAAAGGAUUACAUUGACAUCUUACGUGCAGCUAAAUUUAGAAACAUUGAAAUAAUUCCAUCAAUCAAUAUGGCUAAUCGGGCACGUGCUGCUAUUGUGGCCAUGAAUGCAUAUUCUAAACGUACGAAAAAUUACGACAUGGCUUUAAUGGACGUAACCAAUGCUCCAUUAUACUUAAGUGACAGUUUGUAUAGUGACAAUGCUAUAAAUCCAUGUAUGCCAUCCACAUAUAGAUUCCUUGACCGUAUCAUUAAAACAUUAAAGGCUUAUCACAAGGAUGCAGGUCAUCCCCUUAAACUGUUCAAUGUAGGCGGUGAUGAUUCUCCACGUGCUGCAUGGUUGAAUUCCACUUACUGCGUUGAUUUGGGAAUAGUCGAUCCCGAUCCAUGGAUGAGGAUUAAAGUCAAUUAUACCACGAACCUAGCUAACUUAGCCAGAGCUAAUGGAGUCAAUCUAGGAGCUUAUGAAGAGUUCUUUGUCGCUUUCCCAACACUUGACCCACUUGGUGGUCCACUCACACCUUUCUCAAGGUCACGUUUUCCAAAGGAAGUCGAAAUAUUUGUUACAACAAGAAAUACUCAGACAGAUACCUUGCUGAAGAGAGCAUUUGUUUUCGCCAAUAACAGUUAUAACGUAAUUCUGUCGCCCUCAAAUUUCAUGGCUUUAGAUCACGUGAGUGAACCUGAUUCAAGUCUUCCAGGCGAUUAUUGGGCUACAAGAUACAUCAAUAUAUCAAAGAUCCAUGGCUAUGCUCCAGAUAACUUCUGCUGUAACUUCCGACCAGACACAUUUAAUUAUGUUUCCACCCGAACAGACGAGAUGGAGAACUAUGGCUGCUUGGAUGACAUAUAUUGUGAUUUCCCAAUCGGCAAAACACUCGUAGAUAGAAUAUAUUCUAAUUUGAAAGGAAUGCAAACCCAGGUAUGGACUACAAAAAUCAGAAGCGAAGAACAUUUGUUUCAGCUACUUAUGCCUAGGUUGAUCGCUUUUGCUGAAAGGGCGUGGCACAAAGCUCCAUGGGAGUCCACUUACCAACCCAGGAUAAACCUCCGACGUGGUUUCCCAAGACCAGACCUAGAAGCACAGGAAAAAGAUCUUGUUGAACUUUUGAGUGUUAUUGGUCAUAAGGAAUUUGAUAGGUUGGCUGACCAUGGUAUUCAACCAUUUAUUCCUCCUCCAGGCGCAAGAAUCCUUACCAUCAACGAACCAGCCAAAAAUGGACAACCAGCCAAAGUCAGGAAAAUUUUACAGACUGACAGGUCAUACCCAGCAUUUACACAGCAAGUGAUCUCAACACAAAAUAAAUGGCAGGACAUCAAACCAGCAACAGAUAUUUCAAGUCUAAAGAUGACAGAACUCAAAUUUAGAGCAAGAAAUAAUGAUACGACUAAGUUCAGUAAAGUAACCACUCUACAAGUCGAGGAACCAAAAUCUCUACAACAAAGACUGUUUGAUGCUGGAUACUGGACGCCUCCACAACAAGUCCGUAGUCCACGUACAGGAUAAAUAUCCAAACAUAUUACCCUGUGAUGCUUGAGCUCUUCUCUGACACAAAAUUUAUCAAUUUAAUCGUUUAAGUGGGUUUUAUUUGGCUUUCAAGUGUCAAAACAAGGUUCAUUAUGUGUUAUGGGUUUGCGAUUUCAACGAUUUGUCAAAUAAUUUGACAUUAAAUGUGUCAAAGUAGACAUGACGAAUCUGACCAAUCGACAUCCAGCUUUCAUUGCUCAUUAAUCAUGGUCAUCAAUGUGUUUCAUCUAUGGUCAUGUGAGUGUAUGCCUUCAAACAUGUGUAAUUGUGGUGAUUGUUAUGUUCAUAAAUCAUGUGAAUAAAAACUUAUAAAAAUAA